AUGGCAAGAGGCGAUAAUAGCCUCGGCCUACUUCCCAGGGCAUGCAGCCGAGAACCCACCACCAAAGUCAGAAACCUCAUCCAAUACUGCCGAGAAAGGAACAGAGGCCUCAUCCUCGGCUGCGAUGCAAACGCACACCACAAGGUCUGGGGCAGCACCGAUAUCAACAAUAGAGGUGAGUGUCUAUUUGAGUACCUGUGCCAAACCAAUCUAGAUAUAGUCAAUAGUGAAAAGGAACUCACUUUCGUCACAAGAGCCAGGCAGGAGGUGCUUGACCUCUUGCUGGCCACUCCCCUGCUUGGCUCCAAGAUUGUCAACUGGCACGUAUCCCGGAAAGCUUCGCUCUCCGAUCAUAGGCAUAUAGUCUUCGAUCUGAGGGUGAGGGUCCCUGUAGAGGAAUUAAUAAGAAUCCCUAAGCUCACGGACUGGACGCUCUACCAGGAGCUCCUAAGGGGAAAAUUAGAAGAUUCCAAGGUAGCCAUAACAGGCAUAGAGGAUCUGAAUAGUGCCUCAACCGACUUGCAUAACAUCAUUCAUAGGGCCUACGAAAGUUGCUGCCCUACUAAAGACAUAAGGUCCUCUUCCACAACAUCAUGGUGGAAUCAAGGCCUGGAGGAGUUGCGCUCCUCGGCCAGAAAGCUCUUUAAUAGGACCAAGAGGACCAAAUGUCAAGAAGAUUGGGAUUGGUACAGGAAGACCUUUACCGAUUACAACAAAGAACUGAGGAGAUCUAAGAGGAAAUCAUGGAGGAGCUUCUGUGAAAACAUUUGCGACUUCCCUGUUGCGGCUCGCCUACAAAGAGUAAUGGCGAAAGACCACUCCAACCAAAUCGGCAGGGCAAAUGGCGAAUACACAGAUGACGCUGGGGAGAUGUUAAGGCUUUUGCUAAGCACUCAUUUUCCUGGCUCUUAUAUUGUCGAGGACAAAUCGAAAAGAGAGGAGGGGACCUCGCUGCCCCGUCACCCCCAACUCCGCAGAGUCAAAAGACUUACCAAUCACAUCUUUGUGCCCAACAGGGUAAAAUGGGCAAUCUCAUCCUUCAAACCAUACAAAUCUCCGGGCGGCGAUGGGAUCUUUCCGGCUCUACUUCAAAAGGGCCUGUUCUAUCUGCUGCCGCACAUUACUAAUUUGUACAAACACAGCUUUAUGCUGGGAUAUAUCCCUGAGCAGUGUAGGCGGGCUAAGUGCGGGCUUCCAGUGCCCAACCCAAUUCGUUCAGACCGAUUAGCCUCACCUCCUUCAUGCUAA